AUGACUCUCGAAGAGAUCAUGGCCACCAUCAAGCGGCUCAUUUACACGCAGACUGAUGCCACAACAUUGACGCACAGCAGCCGAGAAAUUGAACAUGAUCAAAACGAGUCUGCCCGCCCUGCAAGUACAUACAAACAGACGAUCAGCAUCGAUAAUGCAGCCGCUGAGAGCAGUGGAGGGAAGAAUGGAGUUCAAUCUGAACAACGGGCUCGACUGGCGGCAUCCAGAGGUAAUCAUUCUUCUGACUUCGGACAAGGAAGUCUUGACCACAGCGAAACUGGGAGUUACUUUGCGAUCGAAGGUGAAUUUCUUCAGGAGCACCUGCCGUCAGUGGACAGGAUGCGAAGGCUGCGUAAUGGACGUCCACUUCCACCACCAGCGCCAUUGCCAGAGGACACACCAGGAAAUUGGGAGUGGCAGGAGAGCGAGGACGGGAUACGGACUGGAUUUAGGGUCGCCAUGUCAGUCCCAAUGAGCGCGAUCCGCUGGCCACCUCGCGAGUUGUAUCAUGUUCUUCCUGCGUAUGCCGGAGCGGUUCCAGCUUCCAAUCAUGGAGGCCUCGUGCUAAGAACUCCGGUACCGCAUGCAGAGAACCCCAUCCAUCGUGAAGUGCACGAACGUAUUGAGGUACGAGCCAUGGCUUAUGCGGUACCAUCGCCAGUGGUAGUGCUAGUCGAUCCCGCGCGGAUGGAUUUCUUGCAUACAUCUGGGAUGUAA